AUGGAGCCCGACACCAUCACGGCCCGUUUCGGUUUUGAAGCGCUCUCCUCUCGACCCUGGCGCGGAUCUUUCAUCCCAGCAAAAAAUCCUGUCCUUGGCCUCGCGGUCUCUGUUGGCGAUGUCUGGGCAACCUCGUCUCCGUUGAACGCUACUCCGGCUGAUCCUCGCCGGAGACAACAACUUUGUUCCACGAGAGGAGUUUCCCUUGUGGCAUUUCUGCCUUUUUCUCCUUUCUCCUUUUGUGUGUUUGCCCCGAGCGCCGAAACAGUCCUCUUGAAGAUUUGUGGCUCAAACAACCCUGGGGCCCACACGUAUGUACAGUACAUUGCAUGUACAGCAGUACGGCAGCACAGCAUCAGGGUCGAGUCAGGCCCCGUAUCUCGUUUCUCAGGACUGGGAUGUGCCUAUCGCCCAUGGGCCUGGGGCGGACAAACACUGCCUGCAUAUUGUUCUGGAAAUUUAGCAGUUCCGCCCUGUUCCAAUUCGUUUCCCCUGGCAUCUUUUCAUGCGGCUCCAAUCACCAAGUGUGCGUCUUCACUGCAAGCCCCCGCGAUAUUAUUUCAGGAGGUUUUUCUACGGCUGCAAUCGUCUUCUACUUCUUUUAUCGCCCAAAAAGUCUUUCCCGACUGCAUUACACACGGUUUCAGAUAAUCCGUCUUCCAAUACCAUCGCCCAUCAGCUGUAGACACCGGUGACCCUUGCCCAGACUCCCCUCCAGGGUUCUCAUCUCUGGCAUAACACGAGCAUAUCCCUCGAUCGGUGGUGGACUCUCGAGUGCGUGCGCCUAUGUCUGCUAUCAGGGAUUGCCCAUUAAUUGGCCGUUCCUGGUUACCAGCGUCAGCUCUUAUAAAGGCACACGUUGUUACAGCAAUCCAUGGGAUUUAUGGGAUUUUCCCAGAGGACUAUGCAUCCCGCAUUGCUUCCUCGGUGUUUCUUGCACAGUUCGAGAUAAAGUUGGAGUCGACUCAAGCUGUUUUGAAUUACGGAUUUCUGCAGGCCUACCCCAGCCUAUACAUAGCCGGUCUGAGUUGAUUCCACAGGAAGCAGAGUAUCCCCGGACGUCUCUCGUCCCUGUGAAAUUCCUAAGCCAGAGCUCCAUGCUCGUGCCACCAUUAUUCUGGCUGCAACCUCAACAAUUCCGACUCCAGGGGAUAAACCUGGAAAUAAACCUGGAAAUAAACCUGGACAACCCCAAUGCCUAGCUGCUCUUACGCUAAGCUAGAUGAAGUGUGCAUGCAUGCUGUCAGCAAGACAACCUGGCAGCUUUAGCACUGUUCUGGCUUUCGGUCUCCAGCAUGGUGGUACCAUUGUUAGUAUUUUAUCCAAACCGUGUUUCCCAGUGCCCCGAUGUAGUGGAUCCUGAUCGCUACUGACGGAAGGGCCGAGCCCGGAAUUUUUUGUGUUCUACCAUCGGGUAUACGAUCAGAAAAAAACUGAUUUUUGUUGCCUGUAUUUUGUUUUGUAUUUGUUUUACAAUGAUAGCAGCCCCUCCCCUUGACAGUCGAAAAUUGGCAAUGCCCAAUGCAACUAAAAAUUGUCGAAGCAGAUGCUGACACCCACCACCGCAUUCUGUUCCUCAAUGUGGCAACUCCAUGCUAGCCUAGUGUGUCCAAGCUAGGCUAGAGGCCGAGGGUGAGACGCCAGCGGGCCUCGAGACAUGCUUCAUUGGGACGUGACGGUAUUUCGGGUGCACUGUUAUUAUGCCCGCAAAAUUGCUAAGUCACAGUGGAUACACCGACGGCCGACGGUGGCGUAAACACUCUUCUCAAAAGGGACAACGACACUCUUUGUCAGUUGGGGGAAUAUUCAAGGCCCCCAUCCCGUUUAAUGCCACGGCUCCGAGUGAGCAGAUGAAGCAGACAUUCCCCAACCAAACCGUGCAGCAUGGGCCGAGGACAACCCUUUCAACUCAUCUUCGCUGGAACCAAGGUGAUUUUCCAUCUUUUUGUUCCCUGGCCUAUGUCAACCGAAACCAGCUCCAUGCGUUUUGAUUUGCGACAAUCCGGCCUCAACGUACUUGGGGUAGACCGCGAGACUGCUAUUACGUAUUUCUAUGGCCAUCACUACAACUUCCUGCGCUUGUUUACUUCUCUGCCACAGUACCCAGUGAAGUGGGUGCGGGCGUCGAAACGCCUGGUAUUGGUUGGAGCAGACAUCCCGCCAUUUCGCAGUCAAGGAAAAUCCACAACCCGGUUUGAUAUACAGAACUUGCCGCCCCGAGUUCUCCCUCCUGCUGCAGCUAAGCCUCCCGGGCUAAUCCUCUAUCCUGCCAUGACUAGGUAUAUCAUCCCUAGCCAUCACUCCUCCUUGGCUCUCUUUAUUCCCCGUGGGACCUUGAGUGUCAAACCAUUCCCCCCUUCAGCAUUGGCACAUAUAUCGACUUCAGUUCAAAGUAGCAAACUACGACUGGGUUUAAAAGGAAAGUAUAUAUGUUAUUGCUACAUUUGCAAGUUUCUUUUUUUUUUUUUUUUUUCUCCCGAGUCUUCUUCUUUUCUCUUUUCUCACCUUUCU